AUGCGUAUACCCAGUUCCACACGCGCAUUCGAAGCAUUUUUAGGGCGGCAGGUGUCGGCAUCGGUCACGCGUGCGCCGCAGCGUCUGCGUGUACGUGGCCGUGAUGGGGCAUCCACGUCCUACGAGCACCGAGGCCACCACACGGAUGGCCGGCUGACUGUCGGUCUCGUCACCGACGAACACGUAUUUGGUGUUCAACGUACAACAGUGGGCCAUACUGCAUGCACGGCCCUAAACUUGUUUUCAAACGCGUUGAUAUCUAGCACGGCGACGGCCGCCUCAAGAACGGACCGGUGA